AUGGACGACAAAGCAGACGAAGCAGACAACACCGAAGCAAUCAGUGAACUGCGAGCUUCAUUAGGCGACGAUGCUAUCAGUACCGACGACGAAGAUCUCCGCGUUCAUGGCUAUUCAGAGUGGUCGUCGAUCAACAUCGAUCAGUUACCGGUAGCUGUAGCAUAUCCGAAAUCCACCGAGGAAGUCUCGAAAAUAGCCACAGUAUGUUACAGGUACAAGAUACCGAUGAUCCCGUACUCUGGCGGAUCAAGCCUUGAGGCCAAUUUCUCCGCCCCGUACGGAGGUAUGAGUAUCGAUUUCGCAUUUAUGGACAAUAUUCUUGCGUUGCACGAGGAAGACAUGGAUAUCGUAGUGCAGCCUUCAGUGCCGUGGAUGGGCCUCAAUGAAGAAAUCAAAGGUUCUGGGUUGUUCUUCCCGGUGGAUCCCGGCCCAUCAGCAAAGAUUGGAGGGAUGGUAGGAACGAGCUGCAGCGGUACGAACGCCGUCCGAUACGGCACAAUGAAGGACUGGGUCAUCAAUCUGACAGUCGUGCUGGCCGAUGGCACUGUGGUGAAAACACGUCGCAGGCCGAGGAAGACAGCAGCUGGUUACAACCUGACCGGCCUCUUCAUCGGCUCUGAAGGCACUCUCGGCAUAGUUACCGAGAUCACAUUGAAACUCGCCGUGAUCCCACAAGAGACAAGCGUUGCUGUGGUCACUUUCCCCACCAUCCGUGACGCCGCAGCUGCCGCUUCGAAGGUUCUACGGAAGGGUGUCCCUGUGGCCGCUAUGGAAAUCAUGGACGAUGUUCAGAUGAGGGUGAUCAACAAGACUGGCAAUACAGACAGGGAGUGGAAGGAGAUGCCCACUAUGUUCUUCAAGUUUUCUGGUACAAAGGCUGGAGUUCAGGAGAACAUCAAGCUUGUCAAAUCAAUUGCAAAAGCACAUAAAGGCGGCGACUUCAUCUUCGCCUCCGACGCCGAUGAGCAGAAGAAACUAUGGUCUGCCCGCAAGGAGGCGCUGUGGAGCAUGCUAGCUCUCCGCGAAGAAGGCCACGACGUCUGGUCAACGGACGUGGCAGUGCCGAUAUCAAGGCUUCCUGAUAUCAUUGAGAUCUCCAAGAAAGAGAUGGACGACCUAGGCCUCUUUGCUAGCAUUCUCGGUCACGUAGGCGACGGCAAUUUUCACGAAAGUAUCCUUUACAACGCCAAGGAUCCCAAGGAGCGCGCCGCCGUUGAGAAGUGCAUUCAUGACAUGGUCGACAGGGCUAUAGAGAUGGAAGGCACCUGUACCGGCGAACACGGGAUCGGGCUUGGGAAGAAAGGAUCCCUUGUAAAGGAACUCGGGCUCGAUACCAUCGGCGUCAUGAAGAGCAUCAAGAGUGCACUGGACCCGCACUGGCUGCUGAACCCAGGGAAGAUCAUGGACUUUCCUGGUUGA